UUCAUUCCAAACUGUGCAAGCAGGCAGAGGACGAGCGGUGGAAGCAGAGAGGUGGGGCGAAUGUGGGAGAGGCAGAGGGUGUGUGCUCGCAUGCUCUUCCUCUUCUUGCGUGGGUGCCGGCAGCUGCUGUGGUUUGUAGACAGAAAAGAAAAGUUUGCAAAGUCUGAGUGCUCUCCAGCUGCCAACACACACACGCACAGCAGCUCCUUUUCACACAGGAAGCUUUCACACUCAUUUACUCUCUCCUGGCUGAAGGACGGAGAGCUCAUACACACCUUUACCUCCUAUCCAUCUUCAGACGAGGUUUACUCAGGAUGUGGACUCUUCUCUUGGGGGUUAGCUUAGGACUCCUGGCCUCCUGCAGAUCAGAACAACUUCAAGUCAAUUCUCGCAGCUGCAGCUAUGCUGGAGUGUUCCUUGUCGAGGGAGAACAUCGUUAUUCUCUGACCUUUGACAAUGCUGAAAAGGUUUGCAAGCAACUGGAGAGCACCAUGGCAAGUCCAGACCAAGUCCAACAGGCCUUCGAUAAAGACAUGGAAACCUGCAGGAAUGGCUGGAUCAGCAACAUGAGCAUUUCCAUUCUUAGACACACACACCAUGAAAACUGUGCAAUGAACGCCACUGGUUUCAUCAUCGAUCCUCGUGAAGACCUAGAAGAACCUUUUGAUGCCUACUGCUUCGAUGAUACAGCGGGGCCUGAGAAGAACUGUGAUAAGGCGUUUGACAGAAGUCAAGACAAAACCUCCAUGGAGCCAGGGCUGCAGGUGUCCCCUGCAGGGGAAUCAGAGCCCUCUGGUGGAGAACGUUCUGCUGGAGUAACUGAAAUGACUUCGCUGGCUACCAGAACCACGCCUGAACCCAUGGCAGCCUCCAUGCCACCUGCAGUGGAAGAAAGUUCGCUUGAAUGGGGUGACAAAGUCAGUAACCUCUUCACCCUGUCUCCUGGAGACUUGGAUCAGCCCACUGGAUCCGGUAUGCAGCCACCCCCCUCUGAGGGGGAAACACUACCGACUGUUGCCCCUACCGGAGAGGCCCACGAAACACAGCCACCUCUGGAUAACAAGGACGAGGAUGUGAAAACGAAGCCUGACAAUGAAAAUCCCAAAACGGACUCGGCACAACAACCCCCUAAUGGCAAGAAAAGGAUGAACGAGGUAGCACAGGCGGAUCAGCAGGGGGGCAAUGACUCAUCAAACUGGCUGGUUAUCUUUGGGGUUGUUGUGGCAGUCGCUGCUAUCCUCUUUGUGUGUGUUGCUGUUGCUAAAAGAAAGAGCUGGUGUGGCCAGAAGCAAACCCUGAUGAUCACCUCCAAAGGGAGCGAGGGAAACGGAGCAGCAGGAGCUGCAGCAUCCAGCUCCCAGGACCAGGAGAGGGAGCAAGAAAUGGUGACCCUCAUGAACAAGGAGAAGAUCCAGGAGAACGGGAACACAGAGGAGUUCACCGCCAUCACGCUAGAGGAGGCGGCUGAUAAAGAGGCGUGAGCAAGCGGGCGGAGGCAGAGAGGAGGGAAGGAGGUCGGGUAGCUGGGCGGGCGGGGGAGUGGCGUUCUUAAUUGCUUUGGUGGUCAGCACUGGAUGCACACUGGGAGGAUGUUAGCACAUAGAUGUGUGUGUAAUUUAGAAACAUAGACAAGGCAAUGUAAUGGACCCUCAUGUUUUGUCCACAUUGCCAUAAUAGUGACGAGGGGAAGCAUGCGUAGGCUGUGAGUGUGUUGUGUGCCAGUUUUUGUGUACAUGUAAUGUUUGUUUAUGACAAAGGGGACGGGCGUGAAAAAGAAAAAAAAAAGUGGGAUGUUUUAAUUUUUUAUGGAAGUGAGCUUAAAGUCGCCCAUCAGCCAAAAUGUGGCACUACCCAAACCAUGACAAUGAAAUUGACUGAAAAAUCCUGUGUCAUAUAAAAUAUGAGUGAAACAAUCCUUAACAAUGUUAUCUUGUGUAUUUCCUGUAGACUACAGUUUGUUUUUUAAAGACAGCUGGAGAUACCACUUUUUUUUUAAUUUAUAUUGACUUUCUUGGUCUGUGUAUAUAACAGUUUUAUUCUGAAAUUCUCAUGCUGUAGUAGCUGCCAGUUAUUCUGGUAGGACGAGCUUUGUAUCCCUUUUGAAUAAAAGAAUGUGCCAUUUCCCUUUA